AACGCCAAUGGCUUGUUGAGGAUUGACGAGAAGUUUGUGUCUGCAAAGCAGCCUGUAACAGCACACGUCGCAAAGCUAUAACACAACAUUAUCUUUGUCACUAACAAUAAUAAUCAUAGUUUUGUUUCUUUAGAAAUUGUUAGCAUCAGUGCCAGUGGUAUUUCGGAGUCCUCAUUUCCUUCUGAUUUUAAGAUCUGAUGGCAAGAUCCAUGAGUGGUGCUACACCUUUCGGUAAAUUAAACCUUUUCAGGUCUGUGGUACCUGUUCAGACACAACCAUCAAGCCAUUGUCGACAAAUGAGUGCCAUGGUCCAGAAGCCAUUGGAAAAUUCCAUCAGAGAUAAACUUAGCACAACAUUUCAGCCCAAAGUACUGGACGUUGUUAAUGAGAGUUAUAUGCACAAUGUUCCCAAAGGGUCAGAGACACACUUUAAGGUUGUUGUGGUAUCAGAUGCCUUUGAGGGUGUGUCCUUAGUUGAGAGACAUAGAAAAAUCAAUACCUUGUUGCAAGAGGAGUUUUCCAAAGGAUUACAUGCAUUGUCCAUUGUUGCCAAAACUUCAAGUCAGUGGGAGAAGAGUUCACAAAAAGUGGACCCAUCACCACCAUGCAGGGGUGGGGCAGGCUUGUGACAAACAUAUGGUUCUGAUGUGUGUUUCUUAGUAUUAAUCUAUCUGAAUUUAAAUAUUACCAAAUAAAAGCUGUGCAUGUAUUGAGAAAUGUGCCACUCAAAUGUUGUUGUCUUUAAGCCCUGAGAAUGUCUUGUCCUUCAGAUCUGAAGGUAAAGGUCUCAGGUAUUAUUUAAACAAAGACUGACUUGAGUGCAGUGAACAAGAUGUACAGUAAGUUAAGAAAGGCAGGACUGUGAGACCUAAAGAGUGUAAUAGGACUGACUGGCUGUUAGUAUGGUCUGUGCAGAAAUCACUGAACUAUCUAGAUUAUAUGCCAUUAUACAGAUGUUGAUAAUGAGAAAAAGUUGCACAGAGAAGAAAACAUGUAUCCGCAUCUGUGCAAGACUAUAAUUAAAUUUUAUUUGGUGUACAAAAUGUUCCCUACUGUUAAACUACCAAGGUGUUUAAGAUUCCAGUCUAAUGCUUGGCAUAGUGAUUUUUCUGUAAUGUUUCAAGAUAAGCUCAAACAGAACUGAUGCUAUAAUCAAUCAUAUCAGGAAUCUUAUGCUGAUUACAUAUAGAAGUUAUAUAUUUUACAGUCAUAAGCAACUUAGUCAUGUGCUUGAUUAUGAGACAAUGUCUUGUUGAUUUAGAGUUGUAAUGACGCUUUUGACUAUUAUUGCAUAAACAACAAUUCGUUAGAGGUGCAUAAGAAAGCAAACAUAAAUAAAAGAGGAACAUUAAUUUAAGUAGGCCCUAUUUUGGUAAUAUUUAAACACUAACAAUUAUUCAGAGAUCCAGAAAAUCUGUACCUCUCCUUCGCUGUUAAGGACACCGUUUUGUAUAACUUGUACAGUCAGAUCAAUUUUUGAAGCAACAGUGAGUAUUGCAAACUGCUGACAUUUUAUCAUGGGUGUUUCAGCAAGACUCCUAUUACAUUUAUGCAAUGUAGAUUGCACUAAGCAUGUGUAUGAAAGUGAUGGAGGGCAAAGGUUGGUACAUUGCUGUCAUUAUUGUAACUGUCUGCAUAACUGCUGCCAUCAGUAUCAUCAAGUCAUUGUUAUGACCAUCAUCAUGGACUUUGCAGACAGAUACUGACUUGCAGGCUGAUAAAGAAAACUGUACCAAGUACUAAUACUGCAAACAGCUUCAAAAUGUCUUUAAAAAGCUAUCUUUUCCAGUCUGUGUAAUAGCUCUGAGAAUGUUAUGCUCUUGUACUUUGUGUCAGUCCUGUUUAAUUGUAUCUAAGUGCAUGAGAUAUGCUUUGAGUCAGUUAACUGGUCAGACGGAGGUGUAUGAUAUUAGGGUGAAGUGAGUUUUUGUAAAAAAUAUAUUGUAGAUGCCAUGUGUUCCCAUAUCAGGGGAAGUAUGUGUGUCACCAAUAUAUUAUUAUACUGUAUUUAUUAUUGUAUGUGACCUAAUCAGCUUGUGCACGAGUUGGAAAAAAGUUACUAAUUGACGACAUGAAUACACAUAAUUAUUCAAAAACUUCCCACCAAUUAAACAGAGCAUCAGCUGUACAUAAUGAUUCAAACAAUUCCCACCAAUUAAACAGAACUUCAUAA